ACCAAGGUAGGUUGCCUAGCGAUCCUGAGGAAGCUGAUGUGUUAUUCCCUCUCUGCAACGAAGGAUCAGGAAGUUUGUACUCUGCGUGGCUGAGAAGUUUUUCACCUACUAGAACCCGGCUAGGGUACGGGAAACAAGUGCCCUCCAAAGCUAGAGCGCGAACUGCAGCCUACGUCCCACUGCAGCUCAGAAGCAACGUCAGCAGGUGAGAAUGACAACAUUAACUCACAGAACCCGUCGAACUGAAGUAAGUAAGAGCUCUGAAAAGAAAAUAGAAAGUGAGGAAGACACUAAUCAAGAAAGGAAUCCAGAUAAUGAAGACCCUGGAGAUUCUAAGGAUAUCCGCCUCACUCUUAUGGAAGAAGUAUUGCUCCUGGGACUAAAAGAUAAAGAGGGCUACACAUCUUUCUGGAAUGAUUGUAUAUCGUCUGGGCUACGAGGAGGCAUUCUGAUAGAGCUGGCCAUGCGGGGUCGAAUCUAUCUGGAACCUCCCACGAUGCGCAAGAAGCGACUCCUAGACAGAAAGGUCCUGCUAAAGUCAGACAGCCCAACAGGUGAUGUUUUACUGGAUGAAACGCUCAAACACAUCAAAGCAACUGAGCCAACAGAAACCGUGCAGACGUGGAUCGAGCUACUCACUGGUGAGACAUGGAACCCUUUCAAAUUACAGUAUCAGCUGAGAAAUGUACGAGAACGAAUUGCCAAGAACCUGGUAGAAAAGGGUAUUCUAACCACAGAGAAGCAGAAUUUCCUGCUGUUCGACAUGACCACUCAUCCAGUGACCAAUACAACAGAGAAACAGCGACUAAUGAAAAAGCUUCAAGACAGUGUGCUGGAACGGUGGGUAAAUGACCCUCAGCGCAUGGACAGGCGAACACUGGCCCUCCUGGUACUGGCGCACUCUUCCGAUGUGCUGGAGAAUGUCUUCUCUUGUCUGACAGAUGAUAAGUAUGAUGUGGCAAUGAAUCGAACCAAGGACCUAGUAGAACUGGACCCUGAAGUGGAGGGGACAAAGCACAAUGCCACAGAGAUGAUCUGGGCUGUGCUGGCAGCCUUCAACAAAUCCUAAAGCCAGCACGGGGGGUCCUUUCCCCCCCGCUGGCUGGUGACUGUCAGAGACCCCAUCACUGAGUUUGGUGUGAUAAGAUACUGUCAUCAUUUCCCCUCUUUUUGAAUCAGACUCCUGACUUGAGGAGGACCACCUCAGGGCCUCUCCAUGGGCCAUGACCUUCUAAGCAGACUAUUUCUCCUCACUUCCACUCUGAAUGAAUGAAAGGGGUGAACCCAUACACAUCUAAUAAACAUCUCCCGUUUCUGGGUUUAGUUUUAACCAGUGUGCUUCUGGAUAAACAGGAGUUUCUAUGCGGGGAUUAGUGUUUUUCCAGCAACAAAAGGUGAAGGAAAUGAAAAGUAAACCAUAUUUAAUUUUUCCUCCCUUACUCAUGUUUUCUCAGCCUUUGUUUCUCCACCUCUGUUAAACAGUGAUGCUUUCUGAAAUCCCUGACUCUGAAUGAGAGGCAGUGGAAACAAGACGAAUUAUUGAAGCAAAUGAUUCCUGAGAUUAUAGCUUCUGCCUGUGAUUUUCUCAUAAUUAAAUAAUGAAAACACUCCAAGUUUGAUGACCCGAAUCCCUUAAUUCUCAAAGUAGAAAUGUAUUCUACACUCCUUUUUAACAGUCUUGCUGGGCAGUGGUGGCGCACGCCUGUAAUCCCAGCACUCUGGGAGGCAGAGGCAGGCAGAUUUCUGAGUUCAAGGCCAGCCUGGUCUACAGAGUGAGUUCCAGGACAGCCAGGGCUACACAGAGAAACCCUGUCUCGACAAAACCAAAUCCAAAAACCAAACAAAAAAAAAUGUAGCAGUCUUGCUCCCACAUUCAUUAAGAGUAAAUUGAAAAAGCAAUGUGUCUCAGUCACCUCCUUCACACAGCCAGCAUUAGAACCCAUAGAGAAGAGAGGCAACAUGAGACUUCACAUCUUUGAAACCAAGUAUCAGGGUAGGAUCACCUGUCAUCCUAGCACUUAGGAGAUAGUGGCAGCUAGAUUAGUGAGUUCAGGGCUAGCCUUGGCUAUAUGUGACCAUCUCUCAUUCAAAAAAGACUUUUCAUCCUUCAUUAUGUGACUGUCCUGUUUGCUCUAGACUACUUUAAAUAUUUCUACUCUGAUAAAAAUGAGGGAAUUGUAAGUUUCAAGUCCCAAAUUACAGCAUUGAAUCCCGACAAUGUAGCCAAACUUCAUAUUUUCGUAGUCCCUGUUUUUAUCUCCUACAUAAAUUGAUAAAUUUUCCCUGUAUUUAAGGGCUUUGGCAGUAAUUGUAUUACUGCCAUAUUUAAUCUAUUACUGUCUAUAUUUAAUCUAUUGACACCCUCUAAAUUGUGUCUUCUUUCAGCACAGCCAUCCUGGACAAAUCCCUUAAAAUGUUUUUGCUUCAGUAGAGAAUGUGAAGAAAUCCUAUUUAGGUGGCAGUUGAAUGUCACCAGCAGCAGAUGCAAAGCCUAGGUCCCAAGGUUGUUUAGAGGCCAGUGCUAUGUGUGCAGAUUUCAAGCACCCUGUUGACCACUGGUGGGAGACAGGCUUUCUUUGACACAGCCACGAUAGAUGACUUGGACUAACCAAAUCCUUGUAAUCAGAAAUAAAUUAGUGUAACUUCAUCUGCUCCCCUGAACUUACCUAGGUCCAUGCAAGUUCUCCAGCUCAUUGUUACUGUUUUCAUUUCCUCUGACUCUUAGGUGAGUAGAGAUAGAAGAGCUAAGCAGAGCCUCAGUCUGGCUCUCUAGAAGGGCAAAAGCCAGGCCACGAGUAAUCUAGCAGCUCAUUAUCUUCCCAUUAGAACAAUUCAUAGUGAAUUGAAACCAGGUUUUCCUUUGAAAGCUUCAGCUUGUUUGGGGAUAGAAGUUGAAUUCUUUCUUGCAACUCUCAGUGUUUAUUUUUAUAUGUCCACACAAUGAGGAUGACUUCACUUCUAAUUUGUGUAAUGUUCACUGCCAAACACUCAUUUAGUGUAUAUUGCCUUCACAUUUCUGUAUAAUAAAGAUAAUAAUUGUG